UUUCUGUUUUACUCAAAACUAUAUUAUGUUAAAGUCGAAGGAGGUUAUAUCUGGUCAUGUUAACACAACAUGACAGUAAUUAUUAAAAACACUGCCGCACCCAACGGCGACGAAGAUUAUUACAUUGUUGUGUGAGACACACAAACAUUGUUCAAAGCCCAAAAAACUCUGCGCUUUCUAUUCUAAGCUUCAGGGGACAAACUUUCUGAUUUCAUGUAAUGUUGCAGGCAAAAUUGCAUCUACGUGUUUUCUUAUGAACUCUUUGUUGUAUGUUUGGAUCUUCAUGUUCCCUCUUGCCCGUCGCUCUUCAGCAUACCAAACAACCACAGAAUGAAGCUGCAGCGGAUAAAAGAAACGCCCCUGCAUGCAUAUUCAUGUUGGUUUCAACAGUUAAAAGCACUGCAGGUCAGGGCAGUCAGCAUCGACGCAGACAACGGUGACAACAUCUGUCAGGAUCCGCUCAGCAGGAUGAAGAAGAAGUUGAUCCUUGACGUGGACACAGGGGUGGAUGAUGCUCAGGCCAUCAUGGUGGCCCUCGCGGCCCCCGAUGUGGAGGUUUUGGGGAUCACCUGCUGCCACGGGAACACGCCCCUGGAGAACGUCCUGAAGAACACGCUGCGCGUCCUGAAAGUCUGCAACAGGCUGGAUAUCCCAGUUUAUCGUGGCUGCCCAAAGCCACUGCUGGCCCGUAAACAACACGCUGGAGAUUUCCACGGGAAGGACGGGCUGGGCGACGUCCCAGAUCCUGACGCUCCAGGCCUGGAGCUGCUGCAGAAGAGAAAAGCUGCACAGGCCAUCGUCAAGAUUGUGAAAGAGAACCCCGGAGAGGUGACUCUAGUGGCCGUGGCGCCCCUCACUAACCUGGCUGUCGCAGUCCAACUGGACCCUUCCAUCUCUAAGAAACUGAAGGCGCUCUACAUCAUGGGUGGAAACACUGAAUCCAGGGGUAACACGACAGCGUGCGGAGAGUUUAACUUUGCGGCCGACCCCGAGGCUGCCUACGUCGUGCUGGACCGCUACACCUGUCCCACCUACAUCGCCACCUGGGAGUUCAGCUGCAGGAACAGCCUGCCAUGGUCUUUCUGCGACCAGUGGUUCGCUCAAAACACUGAGAAAGCCGCCUUCGUGAAAAAGAUCUCGAGCCUUUCGAUGGAGAAGCAGCAGUCAGCCGAGUACCAAACGGAGAUCACAGCAGGAAAAGGGUUCAACCCCUGCGACGCCUACGCCAUGGCUGCCGCCGUCGACGAUGCCUUGAUAACAGAGAGCGAGCAGGUUGCGGUGACGGUGGAGUUGGAGGGGACCUACACCCGAGGCAUGAUGGUGCUGGACUACAUGGACCUGCUGAAGAAGACGCAUAAGGUCACCAUCCUGAAGAAAGUGGACUCGGAGCGGUUCAAACAGAUGUUGAUGGAUGCGCUGAAAUAAACUUCUGAGCCGCAGCGUUCACUAAAUGAAAUGAUGUCUCUUAAAAUAAAUAAUAUCUUCAUGUUUCUGA